CUCAGCUGCUGCCGAAAGACGUAUUGUCGGAUCUCCAUCCACGAAGAUGUUACCAGAUUCGCUGAACCUGAUAGUUUUAUCAGCCUUCAUUCGCUUUUUUGGGAAGUUCUCGAGCACUCAGAUUUUUGGCCAUGCAUUGAGCUUACCGGGAAGCGCGUUAAGAGAGUCCGGCUUAGUCGAACAUUAAACGUCGGCUCCAGCGCACGGUUAACAAGCUGUCAAACAUCAAACCUACCAGCGCCCCAAGCCGAAUAUCGUAUACUUCUUGUUAUAGCUCGGUCGUUUAGGAAAGGCUCGGACCAGAGAUAUGUCGACUACCGGCCUAGUCUCAUACAGUAGAGGGCCGUUGCUCAACAUCGCGCGAAAGACUAAGGAAAGAGGAAUAACGCCUAAGUUGCAUAUCGAUGUUGUACGCCCUGGGACCAUUGACGAGCUCGACGAAUACCUCAAACCCGGCCGUACAACGUAUGAUAUAGUACAUUUCGAUUUACAUGGGAAGAUCGGGCCUCCGAAGCCUUCUGAAUCAGGGGUUCUAUCUCCACCUCCUGGUAGCCAGCUACCCCAAGAGCUCCAGGCCUACCUUCGCUUUGCGAAGCCCUACGACUCAAAACUACACGGAUUCAAACCAAAAGAUAACGAGAUCCAAAUGCUCCUAACCGACGAUACAUCCUUACACGAUGUACCCGUGAAGCAGAUCGCCGAAAAGUUACAGAGGAGUCGCAUUACAAAGGUAGCUCUAAGCGCAUGCCUAUCUUCCUAUGCGCAGAGCCGAAUAUUCGAAAACAUGUGUUAUACUUUCCUUAGUCAUGACGUCUCCGAGGUACUGGCUAUGAGCUUCCAGAUUUUGGAGAGCACCGCCGAGGCCUAUUAUAGCGCAUUUUACGAAUCUCUCAUCCUGAAUGGUGAAGCAUUCCAUGUCGCCGCAGCAAGGGGUCGUGAAGCACUUCGUGCAGAUCAACUCCAAUACAACCACUCUUUGCUACCAACAAAUUACCACCUCUAUCCUAGGAGCUUUAGUAACGAAUUGUGGCGAAGUCCUAACGUGGAACCAAAGAGUCCGCCGCCAUUUGCUUGGUACUUAGUUCGCUACGCUGUUAUAUUCUUCCUGCUCCUCGCACUUUGCCUCUCAUACCUUUGGCUCCCUCCACCAUUCUUUUACGUACUACUUCCGAUUACUUUCGUCAUCACGAUAACAACAUGGCUACUAGCAGGGCACCAACUCAAGCGACUUACCCCCAACACAGAACACCAGCAACAACAAAACGAAAAGCCCAAACGUCGCGCAACCUUCGAAGUAGACAUUGAGCACCUAGUGAUCGAAGAUCAACUCAAAUCCGAAGCGAACCGAGGUGCAUUAUACAUAUGGAGCACAGCAUACUCCAAGGAACUCAGCGAUUGCAUGGACGAUCUAGCACAGAUGUGGGUGUUAACCGGCUUCGUCGACGAAGCUGACAUCAUCCCGGCGCGUGUCUUCUCUUGGACGCUCACAAGCCUACCCCCAUGGCGUUGGCUACGCACACGGCGGUACCGCAGUAAUCGCAUCGGCACAAUCGGUCGACGACGUCUCCUCAUAAUCAAAGAAUUCGAUCGAUUCUACCCUCGUCACGCACGGGAUGAAUUCGACGAAAGCAGUGACAGUUACAGCAGCAACAAUAAUUACAGCGAGGGAGCACACCUUCACGCCGCGUUGCGACGUAUGUGCGGCUUCAUCGAGGGGUAUGGAUGUAAUGAAACCUAUUACUUAUUAAUUACAGGAGCGUAUGAUGAGAAUUGGUGGAGGGAUUUUAAUAGGUUCAACGACGAGCGGAUUAUGAAUACUCUGGAUAGAGCUGUGCCGCAUAAUCAUAAUAUCACGCCCGUGAGGAGACAUACGCCUAAGUGGAGCGUGCCCGGGGUUCAGAGGAGGUGGUCGGCGUUUUUGAAGGGGGUGAUUUAGCAUUUACAUUUACGCAUUGGAGCAUCUGAUAUUCUGCAUUUUGGGGUAGGGCGUUAUGGUUGGGAGCAUCUAGCAUCUUGCAUAUAUACCAUGAAAAGGCAUUGGGGCUCGAGAGCGUUCGACUCAGUGUGGGGAUGAGAGUUCUGAAACCCCUCUUAGCGGCGGUCUUGCGGGUAUUCAUAUGAUACCAACUUGUAUAUGAACUGACUUACAUACAUCGUAUAUAAGACAACAUUAUCAUAUUGAACCAGUUCACAUCCCUGGGAAGUAGAAACACAUAGAUAUGAUUACGUAUCAUUGGGUUC